GCCAGCCCAUGGGCAGUUUCAGAGACAGGCAGGCAGCCUGAGCUUGAGAAGAGCAAGUCUGCUGGAUAGAGGUGUGGGUGGAAGGGGCUCCCUGCCCCGUUGCCCUCUGAGCUUCUCCACCGAGAAGGUGCUUCUGAGGCACCCAGUUUGGCAGGCAGCAUCCGUCAGACAGGUGGUCUCACCGAAUCUCCAACUUGAGCCCUCACAGACUCCAACCGCGCCCACUCCCUACACGUCGGUCCCUGGUUCCUCGAAAGGGAAAAGAGGGUGUGGCCCAGCGUCAUUUCCCGGCCCCCAGACGCUGGACCUCCUCCCCCAAGUGGGGACCGAAGCAACCUUCCUUCCCCUUCUUACCAGAAGCUCGGCCCCGCCCUCCACCCUUAAAAACCACUUACCGGCCCUCCCCACGCCUUCCAUUCGUGCGGCGGAGUCCGUCCAGUCCCAUCGGUCCCGACCUGUUCCACCUCCGCCGCGGGACUCAGAGAUGCCGUCGCCAACACCUUCAUCAGGUGGUCCUCGCUCGGAUAUGGGCCGCUGGGGCGGAAACCCCUGGCAGCCCCCCACCACACCUUCUCCAGAGCCGGAACCAGAGCCAGACAGACGGUCUCGCCGUGGGGGCCGUUCCUUCUGGGCUCGCUGCUGUGGCUGCUGCUCUUGCCGGAACACAGAAGACGAUGACUGGGGCCCUGAACGCCGUGGAGACCGGGGAGCUCGAGGGUCUGGCUCCAGGAGCCGAAGACCCGACUCCCGGGGCUCAGACUCCCGCGGGUCUGGCUCCAGGAGCCGAAGACCCGACUCCCGGGGCUCAGACUCCCGCCGGCCUGGCUCCCGGGGCAGCGCUGUGAACGCAGCUGGAGAUGGCACCAUCCGGGAGGGAAUGCUGGUGGUGACUGGUGUGGAUCUGCUGAGUUCACGCUCAGACCAGAACCGCCGAGAGCACCACACGGACGAGUUCGAGUACGAUGAGCUGAUUCUCCGCCGUGGGCAGCCUUUCCAUAUGGUCCUCUUCCUGUCUCGUCCCUAUGAGUCCUCCGAUCAUGUCACCCUGGAGCUGUGCAUCGGAAACAAUCCCGAGGUGGGCAAGGGCACCCAUGUGAUCAUCCCAGUGGGCAAGGGGGGCAGUGGAGGCUGGAAAGCCCAGGUGACCAAGUCCAGUGGGCAGAAUCUGAACCUACGGGUCCACACCUCCCCCAACGCCAUCAUCGGCAAGUUCCAGUUCACCAUCCGCACACGCUGCAAAGCUGGAGAGUUCCAAUUGCCCUUCGACCCCCGCAACGAGAUCUAUAUCCUCUUUAAUCCCUGGUGCCCAGAGGACAUCGUGUAUGUGGACCAUGAGGACUGGCGGCAGGAGUACGUACUUAAUGAGUCGGGGCGAAUUUACUAUGGGACAGAAGCGCAGAUUGGCGAGCGGACCUGGAACUAUGGCCAGUUUGACCACGGGGUGCUGGACGCCUGCCUGUACAUCCUGGACCGGCGGGGCAUGCCCUAUGGAGGCCGCGGGGACCCCAUCAGUGUCUCCCGGGUCAUCUCUGCCAUGGUGAACUCCUUGGAUGACAAUGGGGUCCUGAUUGGGAACUGGUCUGGAGAUUAUUCCCGCGGCACCAACCCAUCAGCGUGGGUGGGCAGCGUGGAGAUCCUUCUCAGCUACCUACGCACCGGCAACUCUGUCCCUUUUGGCCAGUGCUGGGUCUUCGCCGGUGUGACCACCACAGUGCUGCGCUGCCUGGGCCUGGCCACCCGUACUGUCACCAACUUCAACUCCGCACACGACACAGACACUUCCCUCACCAUGGACAUCUACUUUGACGAGAACAUGAAGCCCCUGGAGCACCUGAACCACGAUUCUGUCUGGAACUUCCACGUGUGGAACGACUGUUGGAUGAAGAGGCCAGAUCUGCCCUCAGGCUUCGAUGGGUGGCAGGUUGUGGACGCCACACCCCAGGAGACCAGCAGUGGCAUCUUCUGCUGUGGGCCCUGCUCUGUGCAGUCUAUCAAGAAUGGCUUGGUCUACAUGAAGUAUGACACACCCUUCAUUUUUGCAGAGGUGAACAGUGACAAGGUUUACUGGCAGCGACAGGAUGACGGCAGCUUCAAGAUCGUGUAUGUGGAGGAGAAGGCUAUCGGCUCACUCAUCAUUACGAAGGCCAUCGGCUCCAACAUGCGGGAAGACAUCACGCACACCUAUAAGCACCCAGAAGGCUCAGAAGCAGAACGCAAGGCAGUGGAGACUGCGGCCGCGCACGGCAGCAAACCCAAUGUGUACGCCACCCGGGACUCGGCGGAGGAUGUGGCUGUGCAGGUGGAGGCGCAGGACGCAGUGAUGGGGCAGGACCUGACGGUCUGCGUGGUGCUGACCAACCGCGGCGGCAGCCCCCGCACCGUGAAGCUGCAUCUCUACCUCUCUGUUACCUUCUACACUGGCGUCACGGGAUCCGUCUUCAAGGAGAGCAAGAAGGAGGUGGUGCUGGCGCCGGGGGCCUCGGAGCGCGUGACCAUGCCCGUGGCCUACAAGGAAUACCGGGUCCACCUCGUAGACCAGGGGGCCAUGCUGCUCAACGUCUCAGGCCACGUGAAGGAGAACGGGCAGGUGCUGGCCAAGCAGCACACCUUCCGUCUGCGUACCCCAGACCUCAGUCUCACGUUACUGGGAGCAGCCGUGGUUGGCCAGGAGUGCGAAGUACAGAUUGUCUUCAAGAAUCCGCUGCCUGUCACCCUCACCAACGUCGUCUUCCGGCUCGAGGGCUCCGGGUUGCAGAGGCCCAAGAUCCUCAAUGUUGGGGACAUUGGGGGCAACGAGACAGUGACCCUGCGCCAGACGUUCGUCCCUGUGAGACCAGGCCCCCGCCAGCUCAUUGCCAGCUUGGAUAGCCCACAGCUCUCCCAGGUGCACGGGGUCAUCCAGGUGGACGUAGCCCCGGCCGCCGGAGGCGGGGCCUUCUCAGGCACUAGAGGCAACAGUCGCUCAGGGGAGACCAUCCCCAUGGCCUCUCGAGGUGGGGCUUAGCCCUGGGCCAGGAGCAAUGGAACUGAUGUCAGAUGAGCAAGGACACUGCCUCAAGACAGGGCCUACGGCAGAGAGGCUCCCCAGGGGCUCAGGUGCGGAGACCCGGGCCCUGGGGGGAGCCGAUCUCAUUUGCACAGAUGCUAGACAUAGAUGCUAAUAAACUAUUUUUUAAUGAA